AUGGUCAAAGUUUACGGAAUUUUCAUAUUAAAUCAAACAAGCCCGACAAGUAAGCCUACCGUCUUGUGUAGUCAUACCGAUAGUGGAACAUGGUAUAGUUUCUUGUACACGGAUCAAAUUACGGAACUUACCAUCUUCUUAGCCAAAUUAUUAGCCGAAAAAACCAAUCCCGGAUACAGACAACAAGUAGAAAAGGAUGAACUCACUGGCUAUGUACAAAAAACAAAAGAUGGUCUCAGUUGUGUUGUAGUGACCGAUCAGGACUAUCCGUUCCGUGUGGCCUUUGAUUUAGUGAGACACACGCUGAGAGAUUUCACAGAUUGGCGUACACAACAAACACUCUCGUCACGCAACGAUGAUCCAGCUCAAUACACAGCAACCAUCAAAGAUUUAAUGACCAAAUUUCAAGAUCCCAUGCAAGCAGACAAAAUUCUCAAAUUAAAAAAGGAUUUGGAAGAAACGAAGGAAAUUCUUCACCAAACUCUUGAGAAGUUAAUUGAUCGAGGAACGCAUAUCGACAAGCUCAUUGAACAAACGAAUGAACUCUCGGAUGGAGCCAAAGAAUUUUAUAGGAAAACAAGAAAGAGCAAUUGUUGUAAUAUUUUGUAA